GCUCAUAGACUCUUUUUUUCUUGAAUAUUUUAGGGGAGGUGUUUUUUGGCUGCAGCCCUAAAAAGUAUGGAGGGUACCUGGAGAAUUUGUGUUUGUUUCUAUUGCUAUAUUCACUGGCUUUCUUCUAGCAUCCAGUGUUCCCCCCGCUCCAGGGACAGUGCAGUAUCUGACGGGAUCUCUGGGUUAUUGGUAGCUCCUGAGGAGGCCACCAGUGAGCUAAAUCCAUUGUUGAGGCUGCCAAAAGGUGUGAGACGUGGAUAUGCCCUCCUGCCACCCCUUCUCAAGGUGUUGUCUGACCAGGGACGCCAGAGCUGGGAAAGCGAGGCCCCGAGGCUACAGCCAGACUCCAGAGCCCUCAGGUACAUGAAGAGGCUCUAUAAGAUGUCUGCUACCAAGGAGGGGAUCCCCAAGGCCAACAAAAGCCACCUCUAUAACACUGUUCGACUUUUCACCCCGUGUUCUGAAUGCAAGCACAGCCACAGGGACCUAAUGAAAGGAGACCUUCACUCAGGGGAUUUGCUCUUCAACCUGGAUCGUGUUACUGCUCUAGAGCACUUACUCAAGUCUGUCUUGCUCUAUUCGUUUGACACAUCUGUUCCCACUUCUUCUUCCUUUACAUGCAUGUGCCAUUUGUCUGUUAAGGAGCAUGAUUUUUCUAGCCAAGUAUGUCCCAGUGUUUCUCACACUGUAGCUUUUAGCCUGCACUUUGAAGUUAGAAAACGCAAGUGGGUGGAGAUUGACGUGACUUCUUUUCUCCAGCCUCUAAUUGCUACUAACAGGAGGAAUAUUCAUAUGGCUGUGAACUUCACUUGUCUGAUGGGUGAUCCACAACACAGCACUGAACAGAACAGUUACAUUAAUAUGGCUCUGGUUCCCCCUUCUCUUCUCCUUUACUUAAAUGAUACCAGUGAGCAAGCUUAUCACAGGUGGAACUCACUUAGACGUAGAAGGAAAAACCCAGUGCGGCCCAGGCAAAGGAACAGUCUGCUGGCUGAUAUUACAGAUGACGAAGGAAGAGAGAAUUCGCAAGGUAAAAGGGCCUCUCGACGUCGAAGAGAUGAGAAUCUGAACGAAGCUCCAGCAACUCCACCUUACAAUCUGAGUGAAUAUUUCAAACAAUUUCUGUUUCCUCAAAAUGAGUGUGAGCUUCACAGCUUCCGUCUAAGUUUUAGCCAGCUAAAAUGGGACAAAUGGAUAAUAGCACCACAUAGAUACAGCCCUCAGUAUUGCAAAGGGGACUGUCCGAGGGUAGUGGGGCACCGUUACGGCUCUCCUGUGCAUACGAUGGUGCAGAACCUAAUAUAUGAGAAACUGGACUCAUCUGUUCCGAAGCCCUCUUGUGUUCCUGCUGAGUACAGCCCACUGAGCGUGCUAACAAUAGAGCCCGACGGCUCCAUAGUCUACAAAGAAUAUGAAGAUAUGAUAGCUACGAAGUGCACUUGUCGGUAGUGGGUGAAUCCUAAUUCAUUUUACACUUAGCUUGGGUAUUUUGAAUUAUCAGAAUACCUGUAGCAUUUGUCUAACAGCUCUUUAAAAUUGGUCAGGAUUUAGCAUGCGAUUAGUAGGUGUUUACAUAAUAGCACUUAUUUUUGUAGCCACUCAGCUUUUCUAGAAUGUGAAAUUAAAUGUAAAUAUCUUUUUAUUGGAAUAAUUUUGCAUUUAAAAUAUGAAAGAGGUUUCAAUUACCAGGUGCCUAUUUUAAGCUGUUUUGUUAUAGAUUUAAAAAAAAAAAAAAGGAAAUAAAUGCCUAUCAUGCAUACAACUUAAGUUCAGUGCCUGCUAGUCUUCCUCUAUGUAAUGAAAUCUUUUGUAAUGACAUUUCUGACAAGCGUCUACGGAAAGAGGAGAGACUCUAAUAUUAAAAUUACUUUCUCAGUUUUUCGCUC